GGGUGCACUAGGCGGAGGCGGAGCCGGAAGAGGAGGGAAAAUAAUUGGGAGGGAGGAGGACGAGGAAGGACAGAGGAGGCGGGCCGGUGAAGCUGACUGCGGCCGCGGAGGGAGACUCUGACCAGAGGACAGAACAAGAAGAGAAGUGAGGACAGAAUCAUCAUGGCUUCAGUGUCUACCCAUGGAAACCAAGAGAAAGAUCACCAUUUUCCACCACUAGGCAAGAAGAGCCUGUUGUUUUGUCCCAAAUCAAAAAUGCACAUCCAUAAAGGAGAAAUCGUCAAGAUUAUCCGAGAAUGUCAGGAAGAAAGUUUCUGGAAGAGAGCUCUGCCUUUUUCUCUUCUAAGCAUGCUUGUCACCCAGGGACUUGUCCACCAAGGUUACUUGUCAGCUAAUGCAAGAUUUGGAUCAUUGCCCAAAGUUGCACUUGCUGGACUCAUAGGAUUUGGCCUGGGAAAGGCAUCAUACAUAGGAGUAUGCCAGAGAAAAUUCCAUUCCUUUGAAGAUCAGCUGCGUGGGGCUGGGUUUGGGCCAGAACAUAACAGGCACUGCCUGCUUACUUGUGAGAAAUGCAAAACAACCCGUGGAUUGAGCGAGAAUGGAGGUUCUCAGCCUUCAGCUUCCUAGGCUGAGGGGGGAGGGGUAUCUCUGUAUUUUUAAGCCUCUAAAUUUAUGUACAUUUAUUAGUAGUAAGAUGGAAACUUUGUGAUCCUCUCUUUUGAACUGUUUUCUGUAGAAGGGUCUCCUUUGAAUUGAGCAUGAUGUGGUUUUAUGCUUCUUAAAAACAUACAGGAAGCCCUCACAGACCAAAAGGGAAAUGAUGUUGCACCCUGCCUUGCUUACAGCUACAUAUAUUAGCCUCAGUCUUUUCCUCUGUGUUUUCCCCCAGUGUUUUAAUUUCUCUGGCAGAGGACAAGAAUGAAUGACGACAAAGAUAAGAAGUCAUGAUCCAAAGAAAAUUUCAUGUAAUAUUCAAACAGAAAUGUGAGACAAGAAAGACUACAUCUUAUAUUAGAAAUGCUUCCUAAAAUGUAGAAGCAAAGACUUUUUUGUUUUUGCCAGUCCUGGGGCUUGAACUCAGAGCCUGAACACUGUCCCUGGCUUCUUUUUGCUCAAGGCCAGCACUCUACCAU